AUGGCAGGAGCCAAGAGGUCCAAGAAGCAUGCCAAAGGGCGAUUGGAUCGCUACUACCAAAUGGCAAAGGAGCAAGGUUAUCGAGCUCGUUCUGCAUUCAAGCUGAUUCAACUGAAUCGUAAAUACAAUCUACUCGGUAAAGCUAAAUGCUUGGUGGAUCUGUGUGCUGCUCCUGGUGGUUGGCUACAAGUCGCAAGCAAAUAUAUGCCUAAACCAAGUGUUAUUGUUGGUGUCGAUAUAGUUCCCAUCAAACCUAUACCAGGAGUCAUCACUCUCUGUGAAGACAUCACCACUGCCAAGUGUAGACAGCAACUGAAGGGGGAACUGAAACAGUGGAAGGCUGACGUAGUGCUACACGAUGGGGCACCAAAUGUAGGAACAUCAUGGCUCCAAGACGCAUACACCCAAAAUGAACUGGUCCUAUCCUCCUUAAAACUCGCUACAGAGUUUAUGAUGCCACACGGGACAUUUAUUACCAAAGUAUUUAGAUCAAAGGACUAUAACAAACUAUUAUGGGUCUUUCAUCAACUCUUUAAACAAGUUGAUGCUACAAAACCGGCUUCGUCACGUAAUGUCUCUGCUGAGAUAUUCGUUGUGUGUCGUGAUUACCUCGCUCCAAAGAAGGUGGAUCCAAAGCUUUUGGAUGCGAGAUUCGUGUUUCAGGAAGGUGAAAUUGGAGAGGAUGGCGAGCAUGAAGAGGAUGCAAAGAAAAAGAAGGAGAAACAAGGUGCCUUGUUGAACGAUUUGCUCCAUCCUGAGAAAAAGAAGAGACAUCGAGAAGGUUACGCAGACGGUGACUAUACGCUUCAUCAUGUCGAAAAAGUAUCGACCUUCAUACACGAUCGAGAUUACGUAGCUGUACUCUCUCGUGCUCAUACCUUGGACUUUGAAGCUGAUGAUGAUGGAAGAGCUCUCGUAUCGCAUCCUCUUACAACAGAUGAUAUCAGAGCGUCAUGCCGUGAUUUAAGAGUCCUUGGAAAAAAAGAUUUCAAGGACUUGCUGAAAUGGAGGCAACAUAUACGUAUCUCUCUCAACUUGGACAAGAAAAAGGAAGUUAAACCCGCUGCCGCAGAGGAUGAUGAAAGUGGCCUGCCUAUGGAUGAAGAUGCUCUCGCUGAACAGUUGGGUAAACAAGCUACAGCAAUGGAAAAAAAGGCUCGCCGAGAACGUAGAAAAGAAUUUGAUCGUAAAACCAAACAAGCUAAAAGAAUGCAAUUGGGAAUGUCCGAACCUAUGGAUAUUGGUAUAGAAGCAUCACAAGAUGGUGGUCUUGGCAAUGACGUCUUAUUCUCCGCUAAUGCCAUGAGUAAUGGUGAUGAGGAACAUACAGAACAAGAUGAAAUACUCAAGAGGCGACGUAUCAUCUUGAAAAAUAUGGCAGCAGAUAUAAGUGAUGAUGAUGACGAAGACGACCAAGUCUCAUCCCACAGUGACUCAGAAGACGGUUACGAUUCCGACGUUGAACGGAUCUCACGUCUUCGAUCCCUCGAAAACGAGAUUGAAUCACGAACAGAGCAUUACGAUGCUCUUGAAAUAGAACGUAAUCCAGCAGCCAAAGUUAAGAAGGACUCUCAGAAAAAGCGUAGUGAAGUCGGAUCACAAUUCGAGGAAUGGUAUGGUGUCGAAUACGAUGCGGAAAAAGCUGCUGCUGAACGGGCAGAUAUGGGUAUUGGUAGUGGUAGUGAGGAGUCAACUGAUGACGAAUAUAGUGAUGAGGAUGACACUAUGGAAGGUGAUGAUGAUAGUGAUAUGGACGGUGAACCAGCUGAUGAUGAAGGCCUAGAUGCAAACGCGACUAGUGACAGUACAUCAAACAUCCCAAAACCAACUAUACCCAGCAUACCCGUCAAACCCGUCAAGCUUUCGAAAAGAGCCCAGCUCUUCUUCGAUAAUCCGCUCUUUAAAGAUGUCCAUGCUGAUGAAGAUGAAGAUGUUGAUGAUAACGAAAAGGAGAAUGCAGUAGGAGCAUUCGAUUCUGAAAUGACGUGGCCAGCUUCUUCUGAUGAUGAAGCAGAAGCCAGUAGUGGCAAAAACAUGAAACGGAAGAGAAAUCAAGAGUCAAAGAAAUCGGAUACAAAGAAGAAAAGCAGCAAGAAACAAAAGAAGGGAGAUGUCAAAGAAAACAAGGAUGGAUUUGAGAUUGUGCCUGCUGUGGAAAUCAAGACUGAUGACAUCGAUGACGGAGAAUAUGCUAUAAAUACAGCAGUAGCAUAUACGAUUGCGCAAAAGAUGCUCCGACCAUCUGGCAAACGUGAUUUGAUUGAUGAUGGGUAUAAUCGAUAUGCAUUCAAUGAUCGAUUAGGAUUACCUGACUGGUUUAUAAACGACGAAGAACGCCACAACAAACCCAUAACACCACCAACAAAAGAAUCCGUCGCCAUAAUGAAGGCCCGAAUGAGAGCUCUAGACGCACGACCAAUCAAAAAAGUAGCAGAAGCCAAGUUCCGAAAGACACUACGUGCCGCGCGUCGAAUCCAAAAAGCUCAAGCCAAAUCUCAUGCCAUAGAGCUUGACCCUGAUAUGCCUGAAAAGUCAAAGCUUCAGUCUAUAUCUGAUUUGAUGGCCAAAGCUAAGAAAGCUGCCAAGACUGGAGGUGCUGGGUUGACAAAAGCUGGCAAGAAGAAGGAUUUACCUAAACUAGUUGUUGCAAAGGGUAGCAAUCGGGGUGUGCAAGGAAGGCCUAAGGGAGUUAAAGGUCGUUAUAAGAUGGUGGAUUCAAGAAUGAAGAAAGAGCUUCGAGCUGGUAAAAGAGCUCAGAAGGCUAAAGGUGGUAAACGUAGAAAGUGA